AUGGAACUGUCUAUUCGGCGAGCGUGUCUGUACGCUCUCAGCUUGUUGAGCGUCAGUUUCCUGCCUCGAAUCUGCCUGGCUGUCGCUGUCACUGGUGUCUCCGGCGGCGUCAACCCCGAGACGGGAGAGCGGCCGUUUCGUCUCAACCUGAAGGAGUUCCAGUCGUCGGGGCCCGCGUUCGAUUUGUACAUCCAGGCUCUGAUCCGUUUCCAGGAGGAGGAUCAGUCGGAGCUGCUUUCUUGGUAUGAAGUUGCGGUUGCUAAUGUCGAGAUGAUGGAUGUAGGAAUCCAUGGCCUUCCGUAUCGAUCCUGGGAUGGCGUUGAAGGAUCGUACCAGACGGGAUACUGCUCCCAUGGCUCAGUCACGUUCCCUACGUGGCAUCGGCCGUAUAUUGCUCUGUUUGAACAAAUACUGUGGAACUACGCGCAGGACAUUGCUGCCUCCUAUCCGGACGAGAACCGCGAUACCUACGUAGCUGCAGCCACCACGCUGCGAGUGCCCUACUGGGACUGGGCGAGCGACCCCCAGAUGCCGGAUGCGCUGGUCACUCCGACGAUCACCAUCAACACGCCAUCGGGACAGCAGCAGGUGGAUAAUCCGUUGUAUAGUUAUAAAUUCCAUCCCUUGCCCGUGGGGACAGAUAUCCCGAAUGAUAACCCGCUCGCAAACUACACCAACACCGUCCGCUCGCCUGACGCGAACGGUCAGAGCAGGAUGGACAGGGUUCAGCAGUUGAUGACACUGAUUGACGGAUUCUUCCGCAGGCUCCGUUCCAGCACGUACCAGCUCCUGAGCACCGAGACCAACUACACCGUCUUUUCCAACGAGGUGCUCAAGGACCGUGGACAGAACUACAACAACCUCGAGAGCAUCCACGACGCGGUGCACGCGCUGACCGGCGACGGCGGCCACAUGACGUAUUUUGACAUGGCCGCUUUUGAUCCUAUUUUCAUGCUCCAUCAUUGUGCCAUCGACCGCAUCUUCGCCAUCUGGCAGGUGCUCAAUCCCGACUCGUAUGUCGAGCCUAUGGCCGAUGCGUACGACACGUUUGUGACUGGGGCUGGGACGGUUUCGACUGUGGAUUCACCCCUCUAUCCCUUCCACGCCUCCGACAACGCAAACGACUUCUGGACAUCCGCGUCGGUGCGAUCGAUCGCAUCAUUCGGAUACAGCUACCCCGAGAUUGUCGACUGGGACGUCGACCAGCAGACGCUGCAGAACAACGUCCGCGCGGCCGUCAACAACCUGUACAAUCCGCCUCCCAGCAGGCAGGCAAAGCGAGACCUGGUGCCACCGCCCUCGCAGCUUGCGGACAACAUUCAUGACAUGGCGGCUGCGAUGGUCACGGGGAUACUGAGCUCGCAGGAAUUCUUCGAUCUGGGCGUGAACAACCUGGCCCGGCACUGGGCGAUCAAUAUCCGUGUGAACAAACACGCCCUCGCUGGCAAACCUUUCCAGAUCCACUUCUUCUACGGGCCCCCAUCGCCAGACCUGGACCCGUCAGAAUACGGCCACGCAAGCAACCUCAUCGGCACAUACCGCACCUUCACCGCGCCACGACGCCCAGCAUCCUCCUCCUCCCGGAUGACAAGCUACGGGCAGAUCUCGCUCUCGCCCGUCAUGGCGACGGCGCUAUACCACGGCAUCGUCCCGCGCACCCUCGCCCCCGACGCCGUCGUUCCGCAGCUGGCGCACAACCUGAACUGGCGCGUCACCGACUUCCACGGCAACGAGAUCGACCCCGAGGAGCUGGUUGACCGGUGUCACCUGCGGAUCAGCGUCGUGUCGCGCGAUGUCCAGCCGCUCGAGGCCGGUGAGGAGCAUCGCUUCCCGCGGUAUGGCGGGUGGAUUGAGUAUGCGGCGGCGACGGCGGGGAAGGUUGGAGGUGUUGAUUUCGAGAAUUUGUAA